CCCCUCACCCACCGUGGAUGAGGAAUUCUGCGGCCCCGGCCCCGGCCAAGCUGUCCCCUGUCAAUGUGGAACCACACCGGAUCAUUUACCUGAGUCCAACCAUGACCUCCAAAGCCCUGCCAGUGAUGUCACAUACGUUGAGGGAAGCCAACCCAAAUAUGAUAACAUCAGUCCUCAGAGGAAUGGACGUGACUGUGGUCGUAAUCCUUUGCAUGGAGAUCAGAGAAUAACUAAGACUAGAUGUGAAAUGGCUUCACUACGGAUAAAAACUAAGGGGGGAGGGAAUAGAGCGGCUUCUGAGGUUGUAGCCAAGACUGUAGAGGGAUUCUCUCUUUGUUCUGGUGACAAGGACAAUCACUCUGCAUCAGAAAAACCUGAACAGCCCCAGGAGAUCCACAAACACGGGGAGCACUUCUGUCAGCUUUGUAAAAAACAAUUCAGAAGUCAAAGUCAUCUGUGCCAACACACCAAGAGACACCAUGGACGAAUCAAGCCUUACAAAUGUAUCUACUGUCGGAAGCGGUUAACCUUUCGACACCUUCUGCUUCUUCACCUACGAAGCCACACCAAAGAGAAGCCUUUCUUCUGUCCUGUGUGCGGUAUGAACUUUUCACUGAUGAGACAUCUCAAGUCUCAUAUGAAAAAACACACUAAAAAGACCACUGUCACGACGAAGAUGCAAGAGGAAGAAGAGACAGUUGGCCAUUUGAUCAACUCGGAAGUCGAAGAGUUAGAGUGGGAUCCUGCAAACUCUGGAGACAUUCCUGAUGUGCACCACACUGAUGAUCAAAAGCUGGACAGAAGCAUGGACCGGUCUUGCUGCUGCCAAAUGUGUGGUGAGAAACUCCCGAACAGCAGAGCUCUGCAACGACACCAGAGGACUCACACUGGAACCGAACCUCAUAAAUGCUCACAAUGUGGGAGAGGCUUUAAUUUCCCGAACAGGCUGAAGCGACACCUGUUAAUCCACACCAAAGAAAAACCUUUUACCCGCCCAGUGCGUGACAAGACAUUCUCUCACCACGGCCGACUGAACGAACAUCUCGGCACACGCGGAUGGUCCGCUGAAGCCAAGGAGACUGCAGAGGUGUUGGAUGGAGCGCAGACUGCCAGUGCUCUGAUAAGCUCACAUACAUCAAAGCUGGACAGGAAUGCUACUGGUAACGCUCCUGGGGUGACAUUACCCGGUGAAACGCACACAGCCACGCCAAGCAAACCUGGAACUAGCCAUUCUUUGAACACAACACCCAGGACGCGGCGAAAGAAGACUGAGGCUGAGGAGCUCUUCAGCUGCACUGAAUGCAGUAAGGAGUUCCAGAGCCUAUACGCCAGAGACCGCCACCUGAGAGAGAAACAUGGCAAGCACCCGCUUCACAAGUGCUGCGACUGUGGACAGACAUUUAGAGCCAACCGAAGCUUGAUAGUUCACCGCAGGAUAUACCAUCCGGAACCUACAGCAGCUGUGGAACGUGAAGAAGAGCCAAGAGCUCCAAAGACGUAUAUUUGUUCAACAUGUGGAAAGCAGUUCCCUACUAGUGCCUCACUGAAAAGGCACCUUAUAAUUCACUCAGGGAAGAAACCAUACAAGUGCCCUUUGUGUGGAAGAGGUUUCACACAGAUUGGAAACCUCAAAACACACCAGAAGGUCCAUAAAGGGAAAUUCACCAACGCGGCAGCAUCAGAGAAGAGUUCCCCUCAACCUGAUAAGGUUCAGUCAUCAGUGGAAAUCUGCUUCUGUCAACUGUGUUGGACACAGUUUUCAGAUAAACAGCUUUUAGAGGACCACUUGAAGCAAGUCCACGAGUCAAAGAAACCAUUUUGUUGCACACAGUGCGGCAAGAGGUUCAUGUAUAUCCAGAAAUUAAAAGAACAUGAAGCUGUGCACGAGGGUCAGAAGCUCUACCAGUGUUCCCAGUGUGACAAAGGUUUCCAGACCUCAAAGGGACUAGAGAACCACAUGCGAGAUCACACAGGAGAGAAACCAUUCCCAUGCGUUAUAUGUGGGAAAAGGUUCAAGCAGGAAUCUACCCUGAGAGCACACUAUGUGACUCAUUCUGGAGAGAGGCCUCAUCUCUGCUCCAUCUGUGGCAAACGUUACGCCAGGGCCGAAGAGCUUAAAGUUCACCUCAGAGUUCAUACGGGAGAGAAGCCGUACCAGUGUGACGAGUGUGGGAAGAGUUUCUACUACAGGCAAGGCUUCAACAACCAUAAGAAAACCCACAAUGCCAAACCCAUAGGACCCACCAGGCAGCUCGGCAGACCCAGGCAGCCGGGGAGUCCCAGGAGGUCUAACAGGCCCAAGAGGAUCUCACAAAGUGCUCUGCCUGAUUCAGAUGGAGAGGACCCGAAAUGGGAGCCUCCUGACCUCGGGAACAGGCCUCAUCAUCAGCUCGGAAACCAAGAAAAUCAUGCUGCAGAGAACCUCAACCAGCCAUCCACGUGGAACUUUGGUCAUUAUACAGAAUUCAGCUUGUGGGACCAAACCCCCAGUAUAUCUAACUGGAGAGCAGCAGAGGGCCAGGAGGCUUACUGUGGUCCAGCAGGAGGGAGCAUCAGUUUCAGUGCCCUCCUCAGGGGCACGGCGGAUCAAGAGCUAUUUGAGGAGGGCUGCUCAGCACAGCAGCCCCCCUGGCCCUCUGGGACUUGCUCUUCACCACCACCCUCAGAGCUGGGUCUCGACUCACAUCGCCCACAUAACACCACAUCAGAGAAAAUGCAGCUGAGCAAGAGGGCUGCAGAGGUAAAUCGGCAUGAAGACCAGACACUUGCAAAACAGGGCCAGGAUCACAGCCCAACACCUAAGGGGGAAAAUCCAAAAAGGCCUGAACCUGUGGAUGAACAAAGGUCCCAUGAACAUCGUCAGGAAAAGCCAUCUGUGAAGCCAAAACAACACCAGGGGCCACGCAGACCCAAGAAGAAGUACGACUGUCCGACCUGUGGAAGAGUUUUCUCUCACAACACCGCUCUGAAGCGACACCUUGUGAUUCACUCAGGAAAAAGACCAUUUAAGUGCUUCAUAUGUGGAAGAGGAUUCACCCAGAGUGGAAACCUCAAAACACACAUGAAAGUUCACAGAGGAGAGUUACCAAAUUGGACAUUAGUUCAGGAGACGAGGCCUCCUGAAAAAUCUCCCGUGACAGUGCAUGUGUGUGAAGAGUGUGGAAUGGACUUCCCUCAGAAACAACAGCUGGAAGAGCACAGAGAGAGUCACAAAAAGCCUUAUGCAUGUCCCGACUGUGCUAAGACAUUCAAAAACGAAUAUUAUUUUAAAAUACAUAAGCGCUUUCACUCUGGAGAGUCACCUUUCCUCUGCUCCGAGUGCGGAAAGAGCUGCAUCACAGCAGAUUCGCUUAAAAAACACGAGCUGACGCACACUGGAGAGAAGAAUUUCAACUGUGAUCAGUGUGGGAGGGCAUUUUCACAAUCCUCCCACCUCAACGUGCACGUCAAAACUCACACCGGAGAGCGACCUCAUCUCUGCUCAAUCUGUGGUAAAAGUUACUCCAAAGCAUGUGAUCUGAAAGUUCACCUGCGAGUUCACACCGGAGAGAAACCCUAUACUUGCGAGAAAUGUGGCAAGUGCUUCUAUUACUCUCAAGGUUAUCGAGCGCAUCUGAAGAUUCACGACAAGAAGCCGAAACUAUCAACAAAACCUCUGGGGAGACCAAAACAGCAGGUGUUAGCGGUAAAUAAUCAAUAAUGUCAUGGAAUUUACAGUAAUCUGAACAGACAUACGAGGAAAAGAUAAAUAUAUGACAUUUUACCCAUCUGUUAUCAUAUGAAAUUACAUAUAUUUCAAAUAAGUGAUGUGAUUGGCCAAGCAAUAUGCUAGGAAUCAUGUAAUAGUACAGUGUAUGUAGUACAGUCUGCUCUAUUGGUAAUUGUAUUGGACCAUAGUAUUUAAGAAAA